GCCCGGCUCAGUACUGCGCGCGCCCUGCGGCUGUCCGGGGCCGCGCGGUGGCCAAAGCACAGCGCGGGAGAGUCUGCGAUGUCAGAGAACGGCUCCUUCGCCAACUGCUGCGAGGCGGGCGGGUGGGCAGUGCGCCCGGGCUGGUCGGGGGCUGGCAGCGCGCGGCCCUCCAGGACCCCUCGACCUCCCUGGGUGGCUCCAGCGCUAUCCGCGGUGCUCAUCGUCACCACCGCCGUGGACGUCGUGGGCAACCUCCUGGUGAUCCUCUCCGUGCUCAGGAACCGCAAGCUCCGGAACGCAGGUAAUUUGUUCUUGGUGAGUCUGGCAUUGGCUGACCUGGUGGUGGCCUUGUACCCCUACCCGCUAAUCCUCGUGGCCAUCUUCUAUGACGGCUGGGCCCUGGGGGAGGAGCACUGCAAGGCCAGCGCCUUUGUGAUGGGCCUGAGCGUCAUUGGCUCUGUCUUCAAUAUCACUGCCAUCGCCAUUAACCGCUACUGCUAUAUCUGCCACAGCAUGGCCUACCACCGAAUCUACCGGCGCUGGCACACCCCUCUGCACAUCUGCCUCAUCUGGCUCCUCACCGUGGUGGCCUUGCUGCCCAACUUCUUUGUGGGGUCCCUGGAGUACGACCCACGCAUCUAUUCCUGCACCUUCAUCCAGACCGCCAGCACCCAGUACACGGCGGCAGUGGUGGUCAUCCACUUCCUCCUCCCUAUCGCUGUUGUGUCCUUCUGCUACCUGCGCAUCUGGGUGCUGGUGCUUCAGGCCCACAGGAAAGCCAAGCCAGAGAGCAGGCUGUGCCUGAGGCCCAGCGACUUGCGGAGCUUUCUAACCAUGUUUGUGGUGUUUGUGAUCUUUGCCAUCUGCUGGGCUCCACUUAACUGCAUCGGCCUCGCUGUGGCCAUCAAUCCCCAAGAAAUGGCUCCCCAGAUCCCUGAGGGGCUAUUUGUCACUAGCUACUUACUGGCUUAUUUCAACAGCUGCCUGAAUGCCAUUGUCUAUGGGCUCUUGAACCAAAACUUCCGCAGGGAAUACAAGAGGAUCCUCUUGGCCCUUUGGAACCCAUGGCACUGCAUUCAAGAUGCUUCCAAGGGCAGCCAUGCGGAGGGGCUGCAGAGCCCAGCUCCACCCAUCGUUGGUGUGCAGCACCAGGCAGAUGCUCUCUAGCGUGGAUCUGAGGCACACCAGCAGCACGACAAACUCAUGAAAUGGUGGGAGAGAGUCUGCUGCAAGGGUGAGACCAGGCAGCCUGCUGGGCCACACUGUCCUGUUGGCAUCACAGCCCCAAGGCUGGGGGAACUUCAUGCUGGGACAAGCAGCCCAUCAAUGCCAUGGGUUCAGGCUGAUCCAGGAGAUGCUCACAGGCCACAGAACCUGGAAAACACUCUUGGUGGUGUCUUGGGGAUUUGGUGCACACAAGACCAAGGAAAGGACAGAACGAGGAAAGGCCUGGGGCAGAAGAGCCCAACUCCUUCUCAUAGAUGACCCUCAUCCUCCUGCCUUGGCCUCCUGGCUGCUUUCUCCCCUUCCCCCCAGCGUGGCAGGAUCUCUUCCUGUUAGCAAGGAUGAAAGAGAGAGGUCAGUAGGGCUGGAACUUGGUAACUCUGCAAGGGCCUCAGGUGGGGCAGGUGCAGAAGGC